AUGCUGAAACAGAUACUUUCAGACAUGUUCAUAGAUCCUGAUCUACUGGCAGAGCUCAAUGAGGAACAGAAACAGAUCCUAUUCUACAAGAUGAGGGAGGAACAGAUCCGACGGUGGAAAGAAAGAGAAGAAGCAAUGGAAAAGAGGGAGUCCCUGCCAGUGAAAUCCAGACCCAAGAAAGAGAAUGAGAAAUCUGUUCAGUGGAAACUGGGAGCUGAUAAAGAAGUCUGGGUCUGGGUGAUGGGCGAACAUCAUCUAGACAAACCCUAUGAUGUGCUCUGUAAUGAAAUUAUUGCUGAGAGGGCCCGGCUGAAAGCAGAACAGGAAGCCAAAGAGCUCAGAAAACUUCAAGCCAAUAGCUUGAAACCAAAAUCAGAACCCGAUGAUCUACAAGCACCAAAUAACUGGGAGACUCAGCACAUCUCAAAGAAAGUGAGUGAGGAGAAGGAGCUGGGGCAGGGAUCUCGACCAGCACCGAGCCCGGGAGAAGAGAAAAUCCACUCACCCUCUAGUUCUCCACGAAAUAUUCAGCAAAUGUUGGCAGAUUCUAUCAAUCGAAUGAAGACAUAUGGAUUUCACCAGAAGAAAGAAUCCAUGAAAAAAAAAGAAGAAGAAAUAAAACAACUGGAUGAAGAGAGGACCAAGCAGAUUUACAAGAGCUGGAAGGAAGACUCGGAGUGGCAGGCAUCUUUGCGCAAAUCCAAAGCAGCUGAUGAGAAGAGACGGUCUCUGGCUAAACAAGCUCGGGAAGACUAUAAGAGGUUAUCCCAAAAAGGAAGAAGCGGCGAAGGGCUGCAGAGUUUCUCAAGUGUUUCACAGAAACCAAAAAGGCCCCCCCUUCCUCCCAAACCUCUGUUCUUAAACCCGCCGGGAUACCCUAUGAAGCCUCCCAGAAAUGGGGGAGUGACAAGGACAGCCUCCAGCUCUCUCCACAAGGACAUCAUACAGUGGUUUAAAGAGGAACAGCUGCCCCUGCGAGCCGGCUACCAGAAAACCUCAGACACCAUUGCUCCCUGGUUCCAUGGAAUUCUCACACUUGGCAGAGCCAACGAGCUUCUGAGUUCAGGUGUGCCGGGCAGCUUUCUGAUCCGAGUCAGUGAGAAGAUCAGAGGCUACGUCCUGUCCUACCUGUCCGAGGAUGGCUGUAAACAUUUCAUCAUAGAUGCUUCUGCAGACUCAUACAGCUUCCUGGGCGUGGACCAGCUGCAGCAUGCUACUUUGGCCGAUUUGGUGGAAUACCACAAGGUGGAACCCAUAACUUCCUUGGGGAAAGAGCUUCUCCUUCACCCCUGUGGACAGCAAGACCAGCCGCCUGACUACCUGGAGCUCUUUGAGUGA